AAGGCCGGUUUUAUUUGUGUUUUUGUUGCUGGUUUUUUAGUUUUUAUAUUUAAUUUUUAGAACAAUGCAAGAGUAAAUUAUAGUUAAUGAGUGUUUAGGAUAGAAUUAAAACAGCGGGCUCCAAAUAUAUACCCACGUGUAACACACAUUGACAGUCUGACAAGGCAUGAACGUUGGAAUCGAAUUCGGAAACAACAAAAGCAAGAAAAAAAGCAGGGGGCAGAAUUGGACGGAAAAUAAUGUAGCUAAAAACUGGCGACUUUCUCGAAAAUUCUCUUAGCACCAAAAGAUAUAUCACUUUACCCAAAAAUUCCAAGAAACGUGAGGUUGGAUUCAGAGGCAUGGCAGCCAGCAUGGCCAGGGAACUCUAUUGCUGGGGCAGCACCUCCCAUGGACAAUUGGGACUCGGCGGGAUCGAAGAUGAGCAGAUCCUCAUACCCAGUCAGAUCCCCUGGACACCGGACUCCGCCAUACAGCAGGUGGCCUGCGGACAUCGGCAUACCCUGUUCCUGACCUCCAACGGAAAGGUAUACGCCUGCGGAAGCAAUGACCACUCCCAACUGGGACACGAACUGCCCACCAAAAGGCCACGUAUGUCGCCAUUUCUGCUUAUCCCGGAACUUCAAGACUAUGUGGUCAUCCAGAUUGCCUGCGGCAGCCGCCACUCGCUGGCCCUUUCAGAUUGGGGACAGGUCUUGAGCUGGGGUGUCAACGAUUGCGGUCAGCUAGGACAUGCCACCGAACAGGAAAUCGUUAAGCUGCCCAAGGUGGUGCGUCAACUGGUCUCCAAGACAGUGGUCCAAAUCGCCUGCGGCAACAAUCACAGCCUUGCGCUCACCAGUUGUGGUGAACUGUAUUCGUGGGGUUCUAACAUCUAUGGCCAGCUGGGCGUGAUCUCACCCAAAGAGUUGACGCAUAGCAACUAUCCCCGCCGACUGACCACUCUUCUGGGAAUUCCAUUGGCCUCGAUUGCCUGUGGAGGCAAUCACUCGUUCCUAAUCUCCAAGUCCAGUGCGGUUUUCGGAUGGGGCAGGAACAAUUGUGGGCAACUUGGUCUGAAUGACGACAGGAAUCGCGAUUAUCCCACCCAGCUGAAGACCCUGCGCACCCUCGGCGUUCGAUUUGUGGCUUGCGGCGAUGAGUUCUCAGUGUUUCUUACUAAUGAGGGAGGGGUGUUCACCUGCGGAGCUGGUGCCUAUGGCCAGUUGGGUCAUGGUUCCAGCUCGAAUGAGAUGCUGCCGAGAAUGGUAAUGGAACUUAUGGGAAGCACCAUCACUCAGGUGGCCUGUGGUAAUCGUCACACGCUGGCGUUGGUCCCAUCGCGAGGCAGAGUUUAUGCCUUCGGUCUGGGCAGCUCCGGGCAACUUGGCACAAGGAGUACCAAAAGCCUGAUGUUGCCACAGGUAGUCAUUGGCCCCUGGGUGUCUCCAAGUGGAUCAGCUCUACUUCAGUCCAAUGAUGCGAGGGUCUCAGUAGUCAUCCAACAAAUUUUCUCAGGUGGAGACCAGUCAAUUGUGACCACAACAUUGUUUAUGGACAAGGUGCCGCCAGAAGAUUUUAGAAACUACAGACAAAAAUCCCAGAUCCUGGCUUUAACAGCUGAAGUUACAAAGCAAUGUGCUCAUUUUAAGAAGAGUGAUCAGAGCGACAUGGAUCUGCUCAGCUCUGUUGAGCUGAUAUUUAAGAGUCAGGCUUGUUUGAAUGGGUCCUUCCUGUUGGAUCACGAUAGACACUUCGGUUGCUCUGUUCGGAACCAUGGACUGGAUCUCGAGGCAGCUCAAUUAGCAUUCGACAAUCUGCGCGCUGUGGAAAAUGAAAGCAUCAAACAGGUGAUCUGGGACAAUCUAACUAAGGAGCUAAUUGGUUCGCUGGUUUCUUCGCCUGCGGAUAUGGAGAGCAUGCGGUUAUACCUUCUGCUACCGCUUUACCAUGAGUUUGUAAACUCCAAGCACUAUAAGUCACUUCAUGUUCCUUUUGCAAAUGCCAUUUUAAAGUUGACUGAGAAUCCGCGCAAGGUGUUGAUAAAGUGGCUGUCCCAAACAACAGCUGAGUACUUUGAGCAUCUUGUCCAGAACUUCUUGCACGUUGUUAUCCAUAUAAUUAGUUUCAAUAUGGGCUUGACUGCCGUCAGUCCCAGUGCCGAGAGGCGUCACAGGUUGCUGCCACAUAACACUGAGUUAGAGGUGAUCCUAAAGCUUUUGCAAACGCUUUGCUUGAUCAACAACUCACGCGAUGACCUAUUAAGCUAUCAAAACUUUUACUGGCCUGAUCUUGGGGAUUAUGUGGACGUGCAGCAGGAGUACGUUAAGUGGAUCAUGGCCGAUACUGCCAGCGAGUUCAAUAUUUGCAAUUUUUCAUUCCUCUUCGAUCCGACUGCAAAAACAGCACUGCUCCAAGCGGAUCAGGCGCUGCAGAUGCAUUCUGCCAUGGCCAACGCAGUCACCAAUGCAUAUAACCUCUUCAACUACGGCAUGCCCAUCUCCCAUUUUAUUGUGCUAAAUGUGACGCGAGAAAAUCUGGUACAGGAUUCCCUCCGGGAAUUGCAGCGCUACUCACAGAGAGACCUAAAAAAGCCGCUGAAAAUUAAAUUCCAUGGGGAGGAGGCUGAGGAUGCGGGCGGCGUACGCAAGGAGUUCUUCAUGCUGCUGCUAAAAGAUCUGCUCGAUCCCAAGUACGGCAUGUUUAAGGAAUUUGAGGAGUCACGCUUUCUCUGGUUUGCAGAUCUUUCCUUCGAAACGGAGAACAUGUACUUCCUGAUUGGCGUGCUCUGCGGUCUGGCUAUAUACAACUUUACGAUCAUCAACUUGCCAUUUCCGCUGGCGCUGUAUAAAAAGUUGUUGUCCAACCCAGUAGAUCUCAGCGAUCUUCGCCAGCUUUCGCCUGCGGAAGCCAACUCCAUGCAGUCGCUGCUGGACUACGAGGGAGAAGACUUCAAAGAAGUUUUUGAUCUGACCUUUGAAAUAUCUCGUGAUGUGUUUGGCGAGGCGGAGACCAAGUGCCUUAAGCCGAAUGGCAAUGAGAUAGCCGUAACGUUGGAAAACAGGCAGGAGUUCGUGAAUCUAUAUGUGGAUUUUGUGUUCAACAAGUCCGUCGAGCUGCAUUACACUGCAUUUCACAAGGGCUUCAUGAAGGUGUGCUCCGGUCGGGUUAUACACAUAUUCCACCCUCAGGAGUUGAUGGCCGUCGUGGUGGGAAAUGAGGACUACGACUGGCAGGUACUGCAGGACAACUGCGAAUACCGAGAGGGCUAUACGUCGGGUGAUGAUACAAUCAAAUGGUUCUGGGAGGUCAUUCACGAUCUGUCGGAGGCAGAAAAGAAGAGUUUCCUUCUCUAUUUGACUGGCAGCGAUCGUAUACCAAUCCAGGGUAUGAAAGCCCUCAAACUCACCAUUCAACCCACCCCGGACGAACGAUUCCUCCCCGUGGCUCACACCUGCUUCAAUCUCCUUGACCUGCCGCGUUACAAGACCAAAGAGCGCCUCAAGUUCAAGCUUCUGCAGGCCAUCCAGCAAACUCAGGGCUUUAGCCUAGUCUGAUCCCCACACCACUUUGACUUUUAACUACAGGUAUUUUUUCGAAGCUUUCCGUUUCGCGCAUUUUGGGAUCGAAGAAUGGCUGCUUUUAAAGACAACCCACUCUUGGAACACACAUUUAUCAGCGAUCAAAUCAAUAUGUAUAAUGUUGUGUUAUAGCUUUAAACUCCUAGACUAGUUAUCAAUAUGACAUUGUUAUGGCAAGGAAAGCGAGAGAGGAGAAAUAAAAUUGGUAGAUUAAUCUAAGACGAA